UCAAGGCCCUGCCCGGCCCGGCUUAACUAUUAGUAGCCCACACACCAUUUCCUCGCACAUUUUUCCGCUUUCCUCCAUCUCAGGAAAGGACCACGAUGGCGUCUUUCUGCCGCUCCGCCGCCGCCGCGGCCAGGUCGGCUGCGCUCCGGUCCAAGUCCCGGAUCGCGAGCCCGUUCCCGGCGACGAGGUCUCCCGUUGCCGCUCCUCGCCUCCGCAGGUCCACGGUGAAGAUGCUGGCGGGCGCGGAGUCGCUGAUGCCGCUCCACAGCGCGGUGGCUGGCGCGCGGCUACGGUCGUGCAUCGCCGCCGACUCCUCCUGCUGGAGCUGCCUCUCCCAAGACUUUGCUCUUCCUCGGUGACGAAGGCUGAAGAGGUGGGCAUCCUACUAGGAACAGCACUCAGGAUGGAUCUUGUUUAUCUGUUAGAUGCUUGGCUUGGCGAGUCCAUGGCUACAGAGAUACUGAACUUUGUUUGGUGACUCGGUGUUCGGGUGCGCUCUUUAACUAGUAGGGUUCCUGGUGGCUGAAAUGUCCUUUUCUCUGUAUCAGCUGUUGAUCUCGUGCCUAAUCUGAACACGAGUUUCGUUCUUCAUGAAGACAAAAGUUGAAGUUUCUCCUUCAUCCUGAUCACGCGUUCACCUCACUCUUUGUUAUUUUCCUAAAAAUAAAAAUCUCAUGCUGACAGACCAGUUAUUUUUAA